AUGUUGGCAAGCUUGAACCGGAUCACUGGUCUUCCCGCCGAACUGCUGGAUCUCUACGGCCUGGUGGUUCACUUUCUGCUGAGGGGAGAGACCACACUGGUGUACUACAAUCCCGCAGGACUCGACUGCAGUUGGAGGGUCCUGUGGCAGCGGAACCUGACUGCCCAUCCGCAGAUCGUGUGGCAGCGCAACUAUUCAUACCCGGACCUUUACGAUCAGUUUAAUGCGGAGCUCUUUGUGCUGGCUUGCUUGCCGAUGGACUCCACAGCUGCAAUUCAACUAGAAACCCUAGCCAAUAGCCUAAACCACCUGCGUACGGUGGUUCGAUUGCUUAUCGAAGUGGCAGGUCCUGAUCAAGAAUCGCUGGCCAGGCAGUAUCUUUCGUUUUGUCUGCGCCGGAGCAUGCUGCAUGUGGAGCUGUACUUCCGGGACUACCACCACUCCCUUAUACUCUACUCCUUCCAAGUGUUUCCCAGUUUCGAGCUGAUAAUGCGUCGGAUUUCAGGCGGUCAAGACGUGAAAUUGUUUCUCCAUAAAUUGGAUGAUCUGAGGGGACAUCGUCUGCGUGUAAUUCCAGAUCUCUCGCCGCCUAACACCUUCUUCUAUCGCGAUGCCAGGGGCGACAACCAGGUGACCGGUUACCUGUGGGACUUCUUGGCCACUUUUGCCGGUCGGGUUAAUGCUGGUCUGGAGGUAGUUCGUCCCAGUUGGCGGGCGGGUUCGGCCUCUGAUAGUUCCUACAUGUUGGAGUACUCCGCGAAGGGCCUCAUAGACGUGGGCCUGACCACCACGCUGAUCACGAAGCGGAAUCACUGGGCCAUCCAUCAGUAUACCUAUCCGCUAUUGGUUUCCAGCUGGUGCACUAUGUUGCCGGUGGAAAAACCAUUGGCUACUCCAGAUCUAUUUGGACGGAUCGUGUGUCCAGCGUUGGCGAUGACCCUGCUACUCAUCAUCCUCGUAACCUGGCUGGUGGUCAGGCAUCUGCGUUGCCUGACACGUUUGAAGAACUCAAGACCGGCGCGGAUCGUGCCCCACCUGCUGGCCCUGCUCCUGCUGACCACCUGCAGUGCCCAACUGCUAUCGCUCCUGAUCUUUCCGCCCUACCACGUGAGAAUAGCCAGCUUUGAGGAUCUGCUUCGCGGUGACCAGAAGAUCCUGGGCAUGCGAAACGAGUUCUACGACUUGGAUGGGGCUUUCCGGGCGCAGUAUGCAGGCGUAUUUCACCUGAUUGACGAUCCCAACGAGCUGUACGAUCUGCGCAACCACUUUAACACAACGUGGGCCUACACCAUGGCCUACAUAAAGUGGCUGGUGAUUAAAACCCAGCAGCGACACUUUUCCAAACCGGUUUUCCGUUGGUCUAAGGAUCUCUGCUUCUUCGACUUCAUGCCCACCAGCGUUAUUGUGGCCCCCGAUUCGAUUUACUGGGAGUCCUUAAAGGACUUCACCUUUCGUAUCCACCAAGCAGGUCUAAUGAAGCACUGGGUCCGAAAGAGCUUCUACGAUAUGGUCAAGUCCGGCAAGAUGAGCAUUGAGGACUAUAGCGAUCUGGAGACUAUUAAGCCCCUGAAUAUCCGGGACUUGGAUAUCGUCUGGCGGGUCUGUGGAGCAGCUAUCGCAGUGGCCUCUGCGAUUUUCCUGAUGGAGCUGUUGUACUUUUACAUCAACGUAUUUCUCAAUAGCUUGUAA